AUAAAAUUAAAAGAAAAAUAAAAUAGAGGAAAGGAGCGGAAGAAACCCUAACAAUGCGAUUAGGGUUUGGGUUUGGGAUUAAAAUUGAAUUCAAGCGAAGCGGUUUUGAAAAUUCGAUCAUUGGAAUUGGGGAAUCGAUAACAAUGGGAGGCGAAGACGCUGAGAGUGAUAAGAUUAAGCACUGUUCGUCUCAAAACAAAGCUUAUAAAGAAAAAGGAGAAGACCCCAAACUUUGGGGAAUUCUCCUCUUUGGUUUAAUUGGCGCCACUGCCACUACUGUAGCUGUUAGUCAGCUGAGGAGGUCUGUUGAUUGGGUAUUUUCUCAGUUAGCCAGGUCACAAUCAUCUCAGAGAGGAGGUUCUUUUCGAACAUCCUUCCAGGAGGAAUCACGGAGAAGGUAUAAUCGUCGAAUGCAAGAAGAGUAUGAGGAAGAAAUGGAGAGAGUGGAGCGAAUAAAGCGCAUGCAAAGUGUGUUUAACAGGGAGCGAAAUAAGUACAAAAGGAGCUAUGAGAGCUGGAGGGAGUAUGGUCCUGGUCCUUAUCACCAGCACUCCCAGCGAGAUGACUGGUAUUGGAAGGCUGAAGGACAAUAUGGAGAUCAAAGAACCAAUUUCAGGCAACCCCAAAGAUAUAGUAGGAGCUAUCAGUUAUCACAUCACUACUCAGUUUUAGGUCUUGACAGGUGCAGAACACAACCAUAUACAGAAGAUGAAAUUAAGGCCGCAUUCAGGGCCAAAGCAAAACAAUUCCACCCAGAUCAGAACCAGGACAAUAAAGAAGCUGCGGAGGCAAAAUUCAAAGAAGUAAUGACAUCUUACGAAGCUAUAAAGCUAGAAAGGAAGAACAUGAUGAGCGUAUGAAAAA